AUGACCCAUGAGCUGCUGCGCCGCAGUGCAGCAGGCGACAUGGAGCAGCGGCCAACGACAGUGGCACAGAUUGAGGGCGCGAUGUUGCGCGAUGGCAUCAUUGCGCGGCGGGAGCAGGCAAAGCAGGCCAGUGCUGGUCCGGGCGAACAGACCGCGCAGCACAACUUUGGCGGGCCAGCGUCGGGCACGCCCAUUCUCAUCGGCCCUGUCAGCGGCCCGCACAGCAUUCACCAGCAGCAGCAGCAGCAGCAGCAGCAGCUGUUCUUGUACGCUGUGGUCACGUCUGGCAGCUGGAAGGGCGGCGAUCGCCAGGGCGGCGCCCGCAGGUACAUGGCGGCCGUGUACCCUGGUGAUGGCCUGGCUGAGCAGGUGCGGCAGUACAAGAAUGAGACCAAGCAGCGCAAGGCCGCCAGCAUGGCCGCCAGCAUGGUCGCCGCUGCCGCCGCAGCGGCCACUGCCGCAGCCCCAGCCACCAGCGAGGCGGAGGGGCAGCAGCAGGAGCAGCGGCAGAAGGCGGCGCCACAGCAAGAGGGGAAGCGGCGGCAGCGGCAUGCACGGCAGGUGGCCGGCGGCGCUGGAGGCGUGGAGCCACCCCUGCAGGGGCUGAAGCCUUGGGAUGACCUGGUGCCGGGGGUUUGGCUGGCCGACGCUGCCUUCUACUGCUACACCAGCGGCCCUGUCGGCAAAAAGUAG